GCAAGUGAAUCACAUUUGAUAUAUUUCUUUGAAAGUCAUUUAGAACGAAUAAGAAGAAGUUCGAGGACAACUAUCAGAUAAGGGCAUAAAAGAGAGGAAGAAGGGAGAACUCAAAUGAGUGAGCUGGGGGUUGAGUCGGUCUUGAGGUUUAGAUCACAGUGAACAAAUCAAGCUGAUUUUUUAGUUCCUAACAUUUUUAAUAUCAGUUUGAUUGAGAUGACACAUUUAUUUAUUUAUUCAUAACUAAAAACAAUUCAAUAAAAUGAUAAAUAUUUUUAUUUAUUAAAGGGAGGCAAUAACCGCCAAAGUUACAGAGGACUAACGACUACAACCAUGAUUAAACAUCAAAGAGGAGGCAAAACAGAGGCGACCCAGAAAAACAAACAUGGGAAACAUUAUUAAGACACCUCAGUACGAGUUACUUGUCUAGAAAAGCUGAUUCCUAUUAGGUCUUCGCGACAUAUCCUGUCAAGUUCUAAUGGGGUCAACUAGUUCAUGCGUACCGAACGAAUAAAACGAUAAUUUCAUUAGUAUUUUUUUAGUAAUAUAUUUAAUAAAAAUCUAUGUUAGAUUGUUGAGUGAGUACAAAGUUUUGCUACUUAUUAAUGUGAUUGACCGAUUGGGAUUAGCAGGCGGACCAUUGUUUUACAACUCAUUAGUUUAGUAGUCAUCAUGUUGAUCAUCAAACAUUAACAAACCAUUUCUCUCUCUCUCUCUCUCUCUCUCUCUCAUCCCACAAUAGAAAAGUGGAAAACAGCCCCAGAGCGCCUCCCUCUACUCUCCCUGAAAAGUGGUUACAGCGAGAAAGAAAAUGACUUGCAAUUUAGAGAGAGAGAGAGAUUGCGACCUUUGAUGAUGGAUGUUGUUGGCUUUCAGCGGAGAAGCAACUCGUGGGAGGUGGUAGCCAUUCCCAUUUGUUGUUUCCUUCGUUUUUUCUUUCUCCCUUCAUUGUAAAGCUUUCACCUUUCCUAAUUGCGGGGUCGUAAUGAUGAACAAUUGGAUUCCUAAAUAAACUUCUCAUACGCUACUCCUUACUCUGCUACUGUUCUUUUCCUCCCUCCCCGCGCCUUUGAUUCGACCGCCAGCCAGAAAAAGCGAGACGAAAGGCUAAAAGAAAGUGCGCGAAAAUGGGGUUCGUGGGUGGGCCGGUAGCUGGAGAUAAGAAUUUUGGCCCCUCUCUGCCUCCAUUUUUUCUCAUCUUUUUCGUUGUAAAAAAGAUACACACUUUUUUUAGUUUUUUUCCCCACCCACCAAGCAACCGGAAGCUCCCCUGUUUUGCUUUCCCUUCCUUUUCUUCUGGGCUUAGUGGGAAUUAGGUUCUCUCUCUCUGUUUUUCCCCCAUUUUUGGUCGAGCGUUUUUUUUUUUGGCUUCGGGAGAGAAUCGUUUUUCGUUAACGUUUGGGAGAAGCAAUUUCAGUUUGCAGAUCAAAACAAAAUACCCAAAACGGCCGACUGGCGAAUUUUUUUCUUUGGUUUGGUUGCUUGCAUGGUCAGUUUCGGAUCAAAUUUUUUGUUGUUUGAGUGGUCUCCUACCUGGGUUUGUUGUUUUUAGGUUUUAGCGAUCCUCACAAGGUGGGAAAGUUUAUAUCUUUAGAAUCGCUUCAGCCAAUCCACCAGCCGACAGCCUUCGUUCUUUGAUCUUCACGGGUUUUGUUUUGAGGUAAGAGAUGAAAUUAAGUCUACUCCUGAAUUGCUUGUCCUUUCUUCAACCCAUUUUCCCGCUCUUCUAAUUUCUUCUUUUGGCUUGGGAUCAACAGCCAGGUGUUUAAGGUUUUCCCCUCGUUCUGAGACAAACUGGGACUGGGUUCUUUGUUCUUGUCGUGGUUGUGGAUUUAAUGGCAUUUUGCAAAUCUGCUUAAAAUGCUUGCUUACUAGCUGCAUCCCUGCCUUACAUGUAUUUAUCCACUUCACAAGGUAAUGUGAAGUGGAAAAUCCGGAUCAGUGGCCCUUUGAUCUUGUUGUUGGAAAUCAGUAGGAAGUUUAGGUAAAUGCAUUUGUCAUGGUUAUGAAAUGUUCGUGUAUUUUGGGGAAAUGAUGCAAUUUGGGAGGGUUCAGAUGUUCCCUUAUGUGAUCUUUUACUCUUAGAUGAACUGUGAGCCAGCAUCUGCAUUGUGGAAGAUUGGGCCUUUGAAUGAUAUUGUGUCUUGAUUUCCCCCUUGUGUAAUUGGAUCUGCACUCCACCCGGUUUCUAUGCAGUUUAUCUGGCUUUUUGAUUGAUUACACCACCUGAUGAUUCUCAUUAAUGUAAUUCAGCAAAGCUUGCUGAUCGAACCACUGCAUUAUUUACCUUAUUGCUUGUUGGUAGAACAUACGAAUUAUGAUCUUUCCUCUUUAGCUUUAUGUAAAAGCGCCGAGUGUACUUUCUUUGCAGUUUGUGUAGCAAUUUUUAGACUGAUCAUGGACUUCUCAUUGUGUAUUAGGUUUAGAGUGGAAUCAUAUGGUGAAAGUCCCAAGUUAAUUAAGCAAAACAUAGUGAAUAUAAAUAAGAUAAUCAUCAUGGCAAAGAAAUCUCAAAGACGUCCAGCUAGAAAUGGAAAGCCAGGCUGCAUGUCGGGCCUAAUCAAUAUGUUGGAUUUCCGCCAUGGUCGAACAACUCAGAAGCUGCUCUCGGAUAAAAGGCACGAGAGCAGGCAUGUUAUCGGCCGUGGAGAUGAGGCUAUUAAGCAUGACGUGUCCCCGAAUUCUGAUGAAAAGACCUCUGACGGUGAAGGCAAUCUUGUUUUGGCAUCUGAGUUCUGCAAGCCAAGUGUAAAGAAACUCAUAGAAGAAGAUUUGUUAAAUGAGCAAACUUUGAAGAGCCAGAUACAUGGUAAUGAGAUGAAGCCAAAAUCAGAACAGGAGGACCGGCAGCGAAAGAGGAGCAGCAAGAGAACAAAGAGGGGUCGUUCAAAAAGUUGUGAAAUGCAUGUUGAAGAUCUUAAUGCUGCAGGCAUUAGGGGACAUGAACUGCCUUCUCCUCAGAAGUUAGCGAAGCAAUCUAGUAACAGUCUUGAUGUAGGUGAAAUAAUAGAGGAGUUCUGCCAUCAGCUCCAGCAGAAAGGUAGUAGUUGCAUUAAGCAUGGCGAGGACUGUGAAUUCCAUCAUCCAAAACAGAGUAACAUCAGUUUUGAAGAGAGAUUGGGCGAGGCCCUUAAGGUUUUUGUCAGACGGAAGCAUCUAAUUGAAGAGGAGAAUGACCCCAGCUCCAAAGAACUCACGGAUGCUCUUCACAUUUUGUGUUCAGAUGAGGAAUUGGCUUCUAGACUCUUACUUGGUCAGAAGUCAAUGAUAGUGAAGCAAUUGGAGAAAGCAUUGAUUUCCCAAGUAGAAAUUGACGAUUCAAAGUCGCUGGUAGGAAGUAGUACUAUGGAAGAAGCGCAGGAACCUGUACCCAGAAAGCAUCGGAGAUUCUUCAGGCGAAGUAAAUCCCUUGCAAACUUAUCUUCUGGGGAAAAUGAUGCCUUUCAUGCAUCAAACAGGAUUGUCAUAUUGAAGCCUGGACCUAAUAAAGACAUUCCUGGCUCCUUGAGGCAGUCUCAACUGACUACCGAAGACAAGUUGCCAAAUGAAAGGGGAAGUUCCCAUUUUUCUCUGACUGAAAUCAAAAGACGCUUGAGAAAUGCUAUGGCGAAAGAGACAAGGAAUGCCUCAACUGUUAAGAGAUACUCCAAUGAGGUGUGGACUGCAGGAGAUGGUGACAGAAGAGCAUCCAAAGAGAACACUGGAAAAAGUCGUCCAGGUAAAGAGCACUUCUUUAUAGAAAAAGUCGCGAGACUCCCUCCAACGAGUCCCAAAAAGUCGAAACAACCUGAACAAAGUGUGCAAGAUGAAGAUGGUAAACCUAUUAAACAGAGUGUAUCUGAUAUAUAUUUAGAGGCUAAGAAACAUCUUUCGGAGAUGCUGAUAACUGGGACUGGGGAUGUCGACUUCCCGAGCAGACAAUUCUCCAAACCGCUAGGGAGGAUCUUGUCAUUUCCAGAGUACAAGUGUUCUCCUUUUGGCAGUCCUGCAAGAGAUUCAGAACAGAGUCUUAUGACGACACAAAUGAGAUUGCCAAACAUUGACUCGUUAGGUAGACGGGAAAGCAAUAUCAGCCAUCUAGGUAAAAAAUCACUGAGCUCAGAUGUACCUUCAUCUGAUAUUGAAGCACAAGCUCCUUUGGACCAAACUUCAAGUUCCCCGAAUGAACUUGUUCAUAUUGCUGAAGUGGAAAAAUCUGUUAGUUCCAUUCAAGAUGAGAUGAUGACUCAGGGAUAUGUAGAGAUUGAAGAGGCCUCUGAGAUUAUUAUUACCCCAGAAGAGGGUGAUGCGGCCGAUAACCUUUCGGAAACAAGUAGCUGUUCUGUCAUCAUCGAUGACCAAAAUGGCGUUGACUCCUCUGAAGUUGGACAUGAGAAAUCAGAUGCUGAGCCCUUGGAGCAUGUAAGUUCUCCAUUGGAUUCUCCAUCAAACCGGAAGCACGAUGAUCUAGAAGCUACUGAUGUGCAAGACCAACCAAGUCCAGUGUCUGUCCUUGAGCCACAUUUUUCAGAGGAGGAUGUUAGCCCGGCAGCUAUCCGGACCCAACAUGUUGAACUACCAUUGCAACCACUGAGGAUUGAAUUUGAGGAACAAGGGUCUUCAUCUGGGGAUCAAGGUACCCCUUCAAAAACCACGGAUUAUGAGGACUCCAUGCUCGAGUACAUAAAGGAUGUACUGCUAGCCUCUGGCUUGAACUGGGAGGAGUUCUACUUGAUGUCCGAUUCUUCCGACCAGAUUCUCGACCAAUCUAGCUGUCACGAGUUUGAGUUCUGCCCUAACCAGCUUUGCCAUGACAAGCAGCUUCUCUUCAAUUGCAUCGACGAGGUUCUAAUGGAGAUAUAUGAUUGCUAUUUCGGUUCAUCGCCCGGGUUAUCUUUGGGAAACCCUGCAACCAUCCGUCCCAUCCCCGACAUGAACCACACCAUUGACGAGGUGCAUGAAAGACUACAUUGGCACCUUCUUCCCUUGCCAUCGCCGCUUACUCUGGAUCAGGUUGUGAAGAAAGACAUGGCCAAAAACGGUUCUUGGAUGGACCUUCGGCGUGAUUCAGAAACUACCCUCGUCGACAUUUGUGAAGCCAUCUUCGAACAUCUGAUUGAGGAAACAGCGUUUUGCCUUUCCGGUUCAGAAAGUGUCAGUCUCCACGUUCGAGCUACUUCAGAGGAAAGUGACAGCAGCAGCAUAUGCUUGUAGAAAAGAAACUUGUGCUUGUGUAUACAAUCAUCUUACCUCGCUAUCUUUUUCUCUAACUUUGGCCUUUGACAGACAUAAGAGCAUAUCACGUAACCACCUGCGAACGAUCACGAUCUGAUCGUUGUUUCGCGAGGGGAAAGGAAGUUUGCAAGCUGAGGGUGGCUUUGCACGCUUUCCUGCAAGUAGUUUUGAUUGUAGAACUGAGUUAGUAGUGGUAAGCUCGGUGUUGGUGUGUGUGGUUUCAGAGUUCUCUUCUUCUUGAAUAUACAGGCAGUGGAGUUAUGUUUUGUAACUAUGAGAUGUGUAUUCUUAUUCUUAUGGAGGGAUGAGAAAUUAAUAAAACAGGAGAUUGAGAGUUUUCCUACUCAUUUCCAUCAGCCAUGCUUGUCUGUUUCAGUUCAGUUUUACACUUUGACCACUUGGUUACAGAGUAGAGAGGGGGCAAUGUACAAGUGCAACAAUGGACAACAGUGAUAUUAAAGUUUGAAUCUUUUUUUCUCCCUCUCAAACUUUACUUAUAUGAUCAAUCUUUUGGCCCUUGCAAACAUUUUAGGAUGAUGAUUUUUAUAAUGAUCCAAACAAACAAACACCCCCUAGCCCCUUGCAUACACCCAAUAAACAAAAAAGCUACCCGAGUCGGCUACAAAGUCAAAAGAUACUAACUCUACAUAAACAUCGAUAGGGUCUUUCACAUCAUUUUAUAGACUAUUGAUAGUACAAUUUGUAACUCGUGGGGCUGCCCUAAACUCUAACGCACCAGAAAAAGAAGAAGAGAAUUGCGAACAAACGGCCUAUGCGUAACAUCCGAACGCACCUAGUAAUGAUGUCGGCUACUGUACUUUCGCCAUCUAAAAUGCAACACUCCACCGCUUCGCCUAGCAGCAGAACACUUAUAUUGUUUUCCCACAACCCUGUUAUGAUCGACAAUUUCUAUGUCACCUUCAAAAAUAAAAGAUAACGUUCAUGCUUAGAAACAUAAACGUUUUAACAUUAU